UUCUAGAUGAGGGAGGGCAGGAUGAGGGUAAAGUGCAAGUUCAGUCACCAGCUCAAGAAUGUACCCUCCCAAGGGAGUGUGCUUAUCAAAGCCCACAAAUCUAAAGAUCCCCUGCCCAACUUCUGAAGCAGCCUAUGCAGGCAGCCCUCUACACGGCGAACGCAAGGGCAUUCUAUUUCUGUGCCUCAAGAUAAAACUCAACCUUUGUUCUGAAAAUACUAACCAUGCCCUACAGCGGGUGAGAGCUUAAAAAGAAAAAAAAAAGAACAAACAAUUCUAGCACAUUUCUUGCGUGAGGCAGCAGCCUUUCCCUAGACAACAGCAGCCAAAGAGAAGGAAGGUUCAGUUUCCCUGAAGAAGGAAGGUGGAAUGGCUAUUUAGGUUUUGUGGAAUGAGCUGAGCACAUUAAAUCUAGUAAUUUUAUAAGUUUCUAAAAGAAAAACAGACUUUGACGUCAAGGAGAGCCCCAAGGAAGACUGUUUCUACUAGGAACUCCAUCAAACAACAGGAAGGGAAAAUUAAAAUGUACAGUUCUGGAAACGAGCCCCAGGCUUUUGAUGUGCUGUUUGCGUUGGUCCUGAUUUCUUUGUCUGGAAUCCACAUGAGUUGUUUCACAGACAAAUGUAGGAACAGCUGUAACCGACUCUCCCCCUGCCUUCCUUUCCAGCUGCAAUCUCAGAAAAGCAGCACCAAAGCUGCCUUCUCUGGCCUGGGCUUCUCAGGUUUUAGAAUCCCCUUCCUUGCCUUCUGCCCAUGAGAUCCUCGAUAAGAUCCCAGCGGGGCUUAGAGAAAAAGACUAAGUGAAAUCAGGCUGGGACUUGUACACCACAUCUCUGCUUCGCUGUCAGCUGCCAUCUGCUUUAAGUAGUCCUUUUGUGGUCACCUGUGCUCAAAUAGCCUCUGAAGAAGAGAAAGUCUCCGUCCUUUUACUGAUGCCAAAAUGGAGGCCCAUGGAAGCUGGCUAGUAGCAAAAAUAACAAGCUUGUUUAAUUGGUGGGCCUUGAUUGUUAGGAUUUUAAGACAGUACUAUCAGUAAACAAGGGACGGUAACGUUUCUACAUAUAGGAUGUGCUCUCACAAGCCUCAGCACCGAAGGAGAAAUGCCAUCAAGUCGGCACCUGCCACCUGCUAGGGGUCAACCAAUUUAACAACUAGAACUAAAUAUUACAUUCCAUAUUUUAAGUAAUUUUAAGUAGAAUACCAAUCAAACUUUAAAUGGCCCGUGUCCUCCAUAAGCUAAUAACGUCAUUCAUCAGACCAAAUUAUAUCUCAGUCAAGGUGGAAGCCUGUGGCCAUGGGCUAGUAGCUAACCGGGAAAAUGUGAAAGAAAUACUUUUCAAGGUGUUUUAGUAAUACUGAUGUUCAUAUGUUAUGGAAAUGUUGAUAAAUGCCAUUUAAGUUAUAUUAUUAAGGUAGCCGCAGGGAAAAGGCGAACGGCGCGCUCGUGACGUCAUUUCGCCGCGACCCUCUUAGCGUAGUUUUCAGGUUGCUCCUGGAAACCAUGCCGAAAGUAGUGUCUCGGUCAGUAGUCUGCUCUGACACUCGGGACCGGGAGGAAUAUGACGACGGUGAGAAGCCCCUCCAUGUGUACUACUGUUUGUGCGGCCAGAUGGUCCUAGUGCUGGACUGUCAGUUAGAGAAAUUGCCUAUGAGGCCCCGGGACCGGUCCCGUGUGAUUGAUGCUGCCAAACAUGCCCAUAAGUUUUGUAACACAGAAGAUGAAGAGACUAUGUAUCUGCGGAGACCUGGAGGCAUUGAACGACAGUACAGAAAGAAAUGUGCAAAGUGUGGACUGCCGCUCUUCUACCAAUUCCAGCCGAAGAAUGCUCCUGUUACCUUCAUUGUGGAUGGAGCAGUAGUUAAGUUUGGCCAGGGCUUUGGGAAAACGAACAUAUAUACUCAGAAACAAGAGCCUCCUAAGAAGGUGAUGAUGACCAAACGGACCAAAGACAUGGGCAAGUUCAGUUCUGUCACUGUGUCUACCAUUGAUGAAGAGGAAGAGGAGAUUGAGGCUAGGGAAGUUGCUGACUCGUAUGCACAGAACGCCAAAGUGAUUGAAAAACAGCUAGAGCGCAAAGGCAUGAGCAAGAGACGACUACAAGAGCUGGCUGAACGGGAAGCCAAGAAAGCGAAAAUGAAGGGGACCUUGAUUGACAACCAGUUCAAAUAACCAGGCCUUUUUCUGAGCCCUAGACUGGAGGCAAGCAUUUAGAUCAGGAGACAAAGUAAUUUCUCGAUUACAUAGACUGGUUCCUAUUUAUGUAUUAGCAGAAGGCUUUAUGUUGUUUCCCACUGAUUCUCCUACAUGCAGUGAGGUCUUUUAACUGAGUGCAUUUGACCUGCUUUCUAGGAGAUGAAUUUUUCUCUAUUUUUUUCUGUUUUUGUUUUUUUUCUAUUUUCUCUAUUUAGGUUUUCUGUACUUUUUUUUUUGUCCAUUUAAUGCAAACUUAUUCAGCUGUGUAGAAACUUUAUGAAUAGAUCAGUGCUUGAGUGUCUCCAGUCUCUAAAGUGGCUGGUUUUAUUCUUUCUUCAAAGUUAAUAACAUGUUUCAAGAUUUUUGGACAAAAUAUUAUGGUGUGUCAUAGAGAAAAGCAGCAUGAAUUGUAUUUAAGUAUAGCAAGUCAGAUCCUUUGAAGUGACUCUGUCUCUGUUCUUAGAAGGGUUCUUGGAAUUGGCCGUGGUUUGAAUCUUUCACUGUCAGAGGAGACCCAUUAAAAGCCAGAAUCUGCUUUCUUUACUUCACACACUGAAGCUAUAGGUGAGCCAUCCCAUGUCAGACUUUAUACUCAAAGAAGGAAAAGCCAGAUUGCAGUGAGGGAGUAGGACAGCUGAGAUCCGAAUGAAAAUGGGGUCUCAAUAGGUAACCCAAGGGAGCUACCCUCUAGUAGGACAGCUAGUACUGCUUCCUUGCAUGGACACAUGGGAGGGAGAUGUUAUAGAUUAAUAAAUAAAUGACAGUGAGAUAAACAAAA